AUGUGUAUAGAUGUGCUGAAAAAUACAAACCGACAGACCGAGAAAGAGAAAGAUAGAUGGUUUAUAUUAAAGAGCACAAGUCGCUUGACCGAAGAGUCUCAGAAACUUGAUAAUCAAUUUCAACUAUUUUUAAACCCCGAAAAUGAUGAUGAUUAUGACCAACAUGAACAUCAAGACGAUUAUAAACAUGACGAAACAAAAGAUACUUCUUCAGAUUCAUCCAAUCCUAAAUCUCAUUCUUUCCUCGAAUAUCUACUAGAAGAAACCUUAUCUCAAGUUUUUUCGUCUGCUAAUUUUCAAGAUACGGAUCAGCCUAGUGAAAUUAAAUCAGAGUCGAAUGAAUCCUUAAAAACAGUAAUAACUCCUCAAGAUUCAGAAUUCAGUGAUGAGUUACAAUUCGAACAAAAUGGUUCAAAUAUAAAUAUCCCCGAAGACGCGGGACUCAGACCUGGAUCCUGGAUCUUAUUUCCUCAAUUACCAGAGGACAGAGAUGAAGGAGUCGCAAAAUUUAUAGAGUUAACUGAAGCAUUAAAUGUUCCACCUAUCGGACAAGUUCUGCACAUGCUAAAAAUGAAUGAAAUUAAUUUGAAAUCUUAUGGCCUGGAUCCGCGAACCAUGAAAAUAAUUUGCGAAGCAUUAAACUCUAAUACAGCCGUUAAAAUCUUGAAUUUUCAGGAUAAUUGGCUGACCGCAGACGCAUGUUAUCACUUGAACGAUCUUAUUAUAAAUAACAACAUAAUAACCGAGAUUAAUUUGUCUGGGUGUCGUAUCGGAGAAGCGGGGUCUAAAGAGCUAGAAACGGGAAUUAGCUCCGCGGAAUCACUUCAAGAUUUAAAUGUUAGUCGCUGUGAUUUAGGAGAUGAAGGUUUGCAGUACUUAAGCAAAGGUGUCUAUUGUAGCCCGAGUUUGAAAAAGGUCAAUUUUUCUAACAAUAAUUUGAGUAAAAACUGCGCUAGCACUCUUCAAAAAAUGCUCAUUCAAACUGAUAAUUUGGAUGAGCUUAAUUUAUCAUGGAAUUAUUUAAACAGUAGUAAAUUUUGGGAAACUUUUAUCAUUGGAUUGACCACGAAUAAGACUUUAAAAUAUUUGAUUGUAAAUUGGAAUGGAUUGGGUGGAGAAUGUGUACCGUAUUUAACAGAAUACUUAUCAUCUGAUCCAAAUCUUUUGAGAUUGGAUCUCCGAGAUAACAGUUUUACGUCAGUGGAAAAAAUAGCCGAAGCUCUAAUAAAUAAUACAAAAAUGGAAAUAGUUGAAUUGGGAAAUAAUCCCGUGCAAGCGAAGGAAGUUUUUACUUUUAUUCAAGCACUUACUAAGUUGGUAUCGACUUCGGGGCUUAAAAUGAUUGAUCUAGAGAAUAUUUGGGCGGAUAAAGAAGUCUUACCACUUCUGGAUGAUUUAAAAACCCGGAUAGGUCUCGAUGUUACUUUGGGAGGAAUAUUGAGUAAUUAUGAAAUAAUUGGACCAGAUCCGCGAAAGAUUUUUUUAAAAAGGGCUAAUUUUGAAGCCAUGAAACCGAAGAAAAAAAAAUUGAAAAGAAAUUUUGGACAGUUUGUGAUGUCACUGCAGGAUCUAAUAGUUUCUCGCGGUAAAUUUAUCAACUACAUUGAAUAAAAUUUUAUUCUAAUGUUCUGAUUAUUACAGAAGCUUUCAAAAAAUCGAUAAAAUCUGCAAAAGUAAAAUUAUCUGAGUCUUUAAUAACAGAAAUAUCAAAUGCAUUUGAAAUUGGGGAGGAUGCAAUUGACUUAAGUGAUUUAAAAAAAUUCUAUUUAAAAGAAUAUCCUGAAGCAGCCGAACUUCCACCACUCGUUUUGCCCAGAAAGAAACGAAAAAUUAAGAAAACAUCUAAAAAACUAAAAUA